AUGGCCUCCCUACAGCGCAUAGUCGCGGCCACUAGCUCGACAGCCAUCCGGCUAGCAGCAUUCGUGUUUCUGAGAUGGAUCCCUGGUCAUCACUUUGUGCCCCUGGUCUUCACCUCGCUAGUGGUGUAUCUGUCGUCGAUCACCUCCUUAACGUGGGGCUCCCAGCCCCGUACGCGACAGACCAAUAAAUCUCAAACGGACAAAAACAGUCGAAAGCCAGUCGCUGAUCCAGCUCAGACCGGCGAUUCCGUUUUCAAGACCUUGUUGGGCGGGCUGCCUCACGCAAAGUCAAGAUGGUUGACAUACACAACUGUUGUGAUCAACAUCAUCCUGACACUUUUGUGCUUUGACUUCCUUACUCGUGGCUAUUUGUUCUAUCCCAAUGACGAUGUCUCAUUCUCUCGCAUUGGGCAUGUCUCCUCCACUACCGCCAAUCUGGUCUUCCGUGAGCCAGAUACAGCUCACCUACCGGUAACUGUCGGCUACCAAGAGACCGAAGAGAAUUCUGGAAGCUGGUAUGAACAGGGCAUCGUCUACAGCUUGGACAACAGCACAGACUUCACUGUUGCAGUGACUCUCGACAAUUUGAAGCCAUCAACUUCAUACCGUUAUUCACUAUCGAACAACAGGUCCGGCACGUUCAUAACUUCGCCAAGACCCAAGUCUCCAGAAGCUAGUCGACUUUCUUUUGUCACUUCAAGUUGCUUAAAGCCAAACUUCCCGUACAACAUACUGUCGCACCCGCUGCGUGUGCCAGGCAUCGAGCAGAUGACCGAUGUUCUCACCAAACUACCCGAAUUACUCCGUCCAGCAUUCAUGCUCUUCUUGGGUGACUUCAUAUAUAUCGAUGUUCCCUAUCGCUUCGGAUCAUCCAUGUCCCAUUACCGCAGCGAGUAUCGAAAAAUCUACUCAUCACCCUCGUGGUCCUACGGCUCAGCAGAAAACCGUGCCAUCGAUCUCCCCUGGCUUCACACACUCGACGAUCACGAGAUAGAGAAUGACUGGUCUCAGGGAAACAAGACAUCCCCAUACCCCGAAGCCGCAGACCCUUUCAUUCACUAUCAUGUGGCAGCCAACCCACCCAUCCCAUCAACCCCUUUUGCAGAGCCUCACAACGUGACCUACUUCUCUUUCACCAAUGGCCCAGCCUCCUUCUUUAUGCUCGAUACACGUACCUACCGCACAGAGCCAGCACAGGAACACUCCACCAUCCUCGGCCAUGCUCAACUCCAAUCACUGCUUACAUAUAUCUCGACCCCGGAGCAGCCAGGUAUUCACUGGAAAAUCGUCUCCUCCAGCGUCCCCUUCACGAAGAACUGGCACGUUGGCACGACAGAUACAUGGGGUGGUUUCAUGAACGAGCGACGCACCAUAUUUGAAGCAAUGUGGCGGGCCGAGAGAGACCUAGGUGUUCGUAUCAUUCUCCUCAGCGGCGAUAGACAUGAAUUUGGUGCCACGAGGUUCCCCGAUCCGGCUCUGAACCUCCCCUCCAAUAAAUUGCAACCAAACUCACCAGGGCUUGGGCUGCACGAGUUCAGCGUUGGUCCGCUGAGCAUGUUCUACCUCCCCAUUCGCACUUAUCGUCAGACUGACGACGAGGAUGUGACGGUGAAGUAUGCGCCACAGGGGAACAGUAAGUUUGGAAUCAUCGAUAUAGUUGAUGAUGUCGAAGAUGUGGAUCCAAGUUCUGAGGCACCAGUCCCUGUUCGCAGCUCGGUACUUACAUAUUCGCUUUAUGUGGAUGGGGAGGCUGUUUGGAAGUAUCGGUUGAGUGUUCCGCUGGAUCAGGACCCCGUUGUUCAUGCAUCCUUGUCUGAUUCUGCUAAGGCCUCGUGCCUGCCAUCUGGCCGUGUGCUUGAAGACAAUAUUCCAGAGCUGGGCUUGGGUAUUGCUAUCGGAGCGGCUGUUGGACGAGUACCAGAAUUGGCAAAAUGGGCUCUUGGUAAAUCCCAGGAUGUUUACUUUGAUCUUCUGGAACGGCUACAGAAAGCUGAGAGGCUAAGUUGA